AAAGGCCCAAAUUAAAAACCACAGGUGGUUUUAUGCUAAGGACCAGCGAUUUGCAACCACGUAGACUCAGCUGUUCCAUAAAUUAUUUGUAUCUAUGACAGCGACGCAGUGAGUGAAAAAAAUGAAAUGCUUGUCCACUAUACAGAAGGUAUGUGAAAAGUAACCCGUGUAUUCACUUGUUGACAUUCAAAAACCAGAAUAAAUGAGAGUACGCUUUUAGUGGGACAUCUGUAAUAGCGAUGGAUGCAUAUUUGAAAAGAACUAAAUCCAGACUAGGUCCUGGUGAAAAUUCGGACCCAGAUGAAGGUCCUAGUAUGAGUCGUGGUCCAAAGAAAGCAAAAAAAGUUUGCUCAAGAAGAUACAAUGAAAGUUAUCUUUCCUUCGGCUUCAUCUUUUCCGGGGACCCGACCGAGCUGACGCCAUUAUGCUUGGUAUGUGGGGAAAAGCUGUCCAACAGUGCCAUGGUUCCGAGCAAACUCAAACGCCAUCUCCAAACGAAACACCCGUCACUUCAAAACAAAGACAGGGAAUAUUUUGCUGGACUGCGUGAACAGACUGGGAAGCUGUCUGCUUUAUUGAGAAAACACCCCGUGGGGAAUGAGAGAGCUGUAAGAGCGAGCUACCACGUUGCCGAACUCAUCGCCAAAUCCAAACAGCCGCACACCGUAGCAGAGACAUUAAUAGUUCCCGCCUGUAAAGUCAUCGUAAAUGAGACGCUCGGCCCGGGAGCGCUGAAAGAAAUCACCCAAGUUCCUCUCUCGGCCAGUACGAUCACCAGAAGGAUCGAUGACAUGUCUGCUGACAUUGAAAGGACAGUUUUGGAAAAGCUGCGCCUGAGCGGGAAAUUUUCCUUGCAACUUGACGAAGCCACGGACAUGAGUGGAUGUUCGCAGCUUUUUGCAAAUGUGCGCUUCGUGGAUGGAGACGGCAUCAAAGAAAACUUCCUAUUUAGCAAGGACUUGCCAGAAAGAAGAACAGGUGAGGACAUUUUCCACACUGCGUCUAUGUACCUUGAACAAGGAGGACUGAAGUGGGAAUGCUGCACAAGUGUCAGCACCGAUGGAGCGGAUGCUGAGUUCGGGCGCAACGAGGGAUUUGUAAACCAAGUGAAAGAGCGACAGCCGGAAGUCAUCGUGACACAUAUUUUACUGCACCGUGAGACACUCAUCACCAAGACAUUACCAGCGGAGCUAGCUGCUGUGUUGGACGACAUUGUGCGCAUGAUCAAUUUUGCAAAGACGAGACCGGUAAAAAGUUGGAUGUUUCCAUCACUGCGUGAGGAAAUGGGAAUGGACCAUGAAGUUUUGUUGUUCCACACAGAGCGCCGGUGGUUGUCCCGCGGCAAAGUUUUAGCUCUUGUGUAUGAGCUGAGAGAGGAACUAAAAGCCUUUCUGACAAACGAGAGGCACAAUGACGCCAAGUUGCUCUCAAACGAAAAAUGGUGUGCCCAACUGGCGUAUCUGGCAGACAUAUUUCAACAUUUGAAUGACCUGAAUGCACGGAUGCAGGGACGAAAUGAGAAUAUGCUCACAAGUACAGAUAAAAUCAAUGGUUUUCGUUCAAAGGUGCAGCUUUGGCGGCAGCAUGUGCAACGUGGCAACCUCGACAUGUUUACGCACACUCAGAAAUGGCAAAUCGUGGACAGUGCCGCACUGUGCGAGACAAUAAGUAAACAUCUGCAAAAUCUCGAGCAGAAGUUGGUGUUUUAUUGCCCCUCUCUAGACACUGACACCUUGGACUGGGUCAGGAAUCCAUAUAGCUCGAUUGUAGUCACAAAGGACAUGACUUUGCAGGAGCAGGAGGAAAUCACCGAACUGAGGCAAAAUCGGGGUUUAAAACUGAACUUUGCUGAUCUACCUUUGGACACUUUUUGGCUAAAAGCUGCUAAGCAGUUCCCCAUUCUGGCGAACCGAGCAAUCUCAGUCCUGCUCCCGUUUUCCACAACCUACCUAUGCGAGUUGGGCUUUUCAAGCAUGACUGCCAUCAAAAGUAAAAAAGGAGAGAGACUCUGUGCUGGUGAAGAGCUUCGUGUGUGUAUUUCCUCAAUUCCUCCAAAUAUAUCUACUUUGUGUUCAACAGAGCACGACUCAAAUUUCACAUUGAGUUCGCACACUUGUGAGUAAAUUGAGCUGAGUUGAUUUCAAACUGGGGUCACACUCUUCAGCCUCCCUGGUAAGGUCUACUCAGGGGUACUGGAGAGGAGGGUCCGCCGGGAAGUUGAGUCUUGGAUUCAGGAGGAGCAAUGUGGUUUUCGUCCUGGCCGUGGAACAGUGGACCAGCUCUGCCCCAAGUGGAGGAGUUCAAGUAUCUGGGGUCUUGUUCACGAGAGAGGGAAGAAUGGAGUGGGAGAUCGACAGACAGAUCGGUGCAGCGUCUGCAGUAAUGCGGACUUUGUCGGUCCGUUGUGGUAAAGAGGGAGCUAAGUCGAAAGGCAAAGCUCUCAAUUUACCAGUCGAUCUACGUUCUUAUCCUCACCUAUGGGCAUGAGCUGUGGGUUGUGACUGAAAGAACAAGAUCCCGGAUACAAGCGUCCGAAAUGAGUUUCCUCCUCAGGGUGUCCAGGCUCUCCCUUAGAGAUAGGGUGAGAGCCUCGGUCAUCCGGGAGAGGCUCAGGGUCUAGCCGUUGCUCCUCCGCAUUGAGAGGAGCUAGAUGAGGUGGUUGGGGCAUCUGAUUCGGAUGCCUCCCUGGUGAGGCGUUCCGGGCAUGUCCCACCAGAAAGAGACCCCGAGGACGACCCAGGACACGCUGGAGAGACUAUGCCCCUUCGGUUGGCUUGGGAACGGCUCGGGAUCCCUCAAGAAGAACUGGAAGAAGUGGCUGGGGAAAGGGAAGUCUGGGUAUCCCUGAUAAUGCUUAUUCCCCUGCGACCCGACCCAGAAAAGCGGUAGAUAAUGGAUGGAUGAUUUCAAACACUUAUUACACUGACCAAGAUUAUUAUCCAAUUUCACUUAUUUGGUCCUAAAAUGAUCAUUUACAUACAGUAUAUUAUCGCUGUCUGGCAGAAACCAUCUAUGUACAAAUGUGGUGAAUUUCAUGAUUUUUUUUUUUUUCAAAAAUUGAUGCUGAUUAAACAUGUAGUCUGUUGUUACAAAUUAAUAAACAAACGUAGGCGUUGAAAAGACAUUAAAAGCAACUGUAUGAACUCUCUUGGACACUAUUUGAGAAAUGUCAUAAAGCCACUUCUUGACGCAACUGUAGCCCUGUGACAUCGUUGCCUCGGUGGAGGAUUCCUACUCGUCAGCCGCAAAGGCCACAUAGAAUCAUGUUGUGGGCCAGAUCUGCUCCCCGUGCUUUGAGUUUGACACCUGUAUGCCCGGCCAUCAUGGCCUUGACUAAGGACGACCCAUCCAUCCAUUUUCAAAGCAGCUUAUCCUCACAAGUGUGGGGGGAGUGCUGGAGUCUAUCACAGUUCACUUUGGGCGAAAGGCGGACUGCACCCAGACCACGUUUCAUAUUUCCCCGCCAUGGCCGUGCCUUCAGCAUUAUUGUUUUUGGCUUUUAUUAUCUUGUACCUCAGCUGAAACAAUGUGACCACCAUCGAUGAACGUCUCUAACAUUUUUUUUUUUUUUUAAACAAGAAAAGAUGUGUGAAAUGUCUUAAAUGUGUUGACUUACAACAGCUUCAUUUCGUCCACACUAUAAAUAUUAA